AGAAUCUCCACCAAAAACAAAAAUCCCCAGGUUUCUACUAUAGCUCUGUUAAGAGAAUGAUGUUUGUGUGUCAGUAAUCCACAUAUGGGUAAUUUAAAACUACAGUGACUUCCUGAUGUGGGUGACUGUUGAAGAGAGGAAAUUUAAGAGGGCAAACCAUCAUGGAUCAUAACACAUCGCCCGUCAUCAAGGAGGGUCACGUCCCCCAAGAGUACCGGACUGCUAGCCUAGUGUUUUACAGCAUUAUCUUCAUCAUAGGCACAGUGGUCAACCUGACCGCCCUCUGGGUCUUUGCCUUGACCACUAAAAGACGGAACUCCAUCACUGUUUACAUGAUCAAUGUCGCUUUAGUGGACUUGAUAUUUAUCUUACUGCUGCCUUUUCGAAUGGUCUACUACAGUCAAGACUACUGGCCCUUUGGAGACAUGUUCUGCAGGAUUAACGCCGCACUGACGGUGCUCUAUCCCUGCCUGGCCUUGUGGCUCUUCGCACUCAUUAGCACAGAUCGCUAUGUGGCCAUAGUGCAGCCGCGACACACCCGAGAACUAAAAAGCGUCCGUAAAGCCUUGCUGUCCUGUGCGGGAGUCUGGAUCAUGACCCUGGGCAGCACAGCUCCGCUUGUUCUCCUGGAAGAAGACCCUGACCGGAAGACAAACCAUACCACGUGCAUCAAGAUGCACGACAUCAUCUACUUGCGCCGAGACAAUCCUGUCCACUUUGCACGUAUUGUCUUCUUCUUCUUGGUGCCGGUGUGCAUCAUGGUGGGCUGUUAUAUUGUUAUCGUGGACAACCUUAUCCAUGGACGCACAUCCAAACUGAAGCCCAAAGUCAAGCAGAAGUCCAUCCGGAUCAUCAUCACACUGAUCGUUCAGGUGCUGGUGUGCUUUGUGCCUUUCCACAUCUGUUUUGUUUCCAUGCUGCUGGCCAGCAGUGAGAGGGGUUACAACACCUGGGGGGCCUUCACCACCUUCCUGAUGAAUGCGAGCACAGUGUUGGACAUCAUACUCUUCUACAUUGUGUCAAAACAGUUUCAGGACCGUGUGAUCAGCGUGAUCUUGUACAGAAACUACCUGAGGAGCGUUCGGAGGAAGAGUCUUCACACCAACAGCAUUCGCUCGCUCAGCAACCUGACCAGUGCCAUGAUCUGAGGAAUAACACAGCUGACGGGAGCAAUUUAAACUAAAUACAAACAUAUAAAUUUUUGUAAUUAAGUAACAGAAUAAGAUAGUAAUUGCAGAAAAAAAAUAAUGAUCAUACUAAUUAGUGAAACUGCUCGCAGUAAGUACGCAGUCAACUUAGGAGAUGGAUCACAUGUGCUCCAGCGUCUUCAUUGGUAGCUGCUGCAUUGCAUCACUGCUCAUUUGCAUAAAGUUAAACUUUUAUCAGUUUUGCCACACACUGCACAAUUACUUAUGCUGCAAAUCAUAAGUAAGACAAACUGUUUGUUUUUCAGUUGUUGUGUUUCAUGCUGCAAGUAAAGUAAAAAUUUAGAGUUUUUUAAAACUGAGAAAGAUUCAAAUUGUAAAUUGGCAUGCUAUAGUUAGAGCCACAUAUAAUGUAGGAUUAAUAAAAGGUUUAGUUUUCUCGUAUACAUAUAAAAAUUAGGCCAGUGUGGGGAUGCACUGUAAACCCUAACUUUCAAAAUAAUGAAUUGGUAUGAACAGGGCAAACUUAAAUUAAACAAACUGCUUUUAACAAAUGUACUUUUUCUUUUGAGUUCAUGAAACCGACAUAUUUUAAGUAAUCUGAAUUGUUUAACUGGUUUUAAUUUAAUGAACUUUCUUUUUAUUUAGACAAACUUAAAUUUGAACUAAAACUGGGCUGGGAUUUCAAUUUCCCAGCAUACUGCCUUUCAAUGUGGCAUGUAAUGCACAUUAAAUGUCCCAGAAAGUGAAAAGGUAAUUAAAUUACAUAAUUACCUCUAAUAACUUUAUCUCUAAUAUUUUUGAUAUUUAAUGACAAUGAAAACAAAUAGAAGUACUGAAUGAUAGAAUACAUAUGUUUUUUAUAUAUACAUUCCAAACAUUGCUGGGUUGUUUCAACUUAAAUUU